AUGGCCUCCAACCCACCCGGAGCCUGCUGCUACAAGGGCGUCAAACACGAGGGGGAAGCGACGGGCGAGAUCUCGACGCUGGGCGAUUUCGAGGUUUACAUCAAAUACCCGGAGGACAAGUCGACCGAAUAUGGAAUCUUGAUUAUCACCGACGUGAUCGGCCACCGCUUCAUCAACGCCCAACUCAUCGCCGACCAAUUCGCCGCCAACGGCUACUUUGUGCUCAUGCCCGACCUCUUCCACGGCGAUCCGAUCCCUCUCAACCGCCCAGGGGACUUUGACAUUAUGAAAUGGAUCAAGGGCGAAUACAACGAGAAGAAGAUCGCACACCUGCCACCCGUGGUCGAUCCGAUUAUUGAUUCGUGCUUGGUGGAAAUGCGGACAAAAUAUAAUUGCAAGAAAAUCGGCGCCGUAGGCUACUGCUUCGGCGGCAAAUACGUCGUCCGCCACCUGCGCCCCGACGCCGGCAAAAUCGACGCCGGAUACACCGCACAUCCGAGUUUCGUCGAGGCCGACGAACUCGAAGACAUCAAGGGCCCCCUCGCCAUUUCGGCCGCCGAAACAGAUUCGAUUUUCCCGACGGAAAAACGCCACGAGUCCGAACAGAUACUCAAAGACCUGGGGUUGCCGUAUCAGAUCAAUCUGUAUUCCCAGGUCGAGCAUGGGUUUGCGGUUCGAGCGGAUCCGAAGAAUAGAGCUGCAGUCUAUGCCAAGGAGAAUGCGUUUUUGCAGGCUGUGCAGUGGUUCGAGGAGCAUUUGAAGAAGGAGAAGCAGUGA